UAAGAAAUCUUUAAGCUUCUAACAAGAAAAAAACAACAAUGGGUUUUCAUUUUACCCGGGAAGUAACGGUUAAGGGCAAUGAGGCGUCAGGUUCUUCAGAUCCGAGUUGGAAAUGGGCGGUUGUUCAAUCAGACAGUGAAAGUCUUAACUGUUUUAUUCACUAAAACUAGUACGGGCAAAAAUGAAAAAGUGGGCCGCAACAUGGGGUGGCGUUGGAGCCUAGUCGGUUUUGCAGGAAAUAAAAGUUUGGGUUCUUUGCUGUCGUGCUUUUUCUGCAAUGAUGAUGGCAUUCACGCUCUAAUAGUUGGUUUCCAGGCCACCUUCACCAGGUUGGGUCAUGCUCAUGCAGCUCUACUUCUUGGAACCGUUAUCCCAUGUGGUCCCCUAUAUCUUGCACUUGCAAAUUACUAA